AUGCCUAUCGAAGUCCCCCAAGCCAACUCCCUUAAAGACCUCCUCAGUCUGAAGGACAAGGUCAUUGUCGUCACCGGCGCCUCCGGCCCAAGAGGCAUCGGUCUCGAGGCAGCCCGCGGCUGCGCCGAAAUGGGCGGUAACAUCGCAAUCACCUACUUCUCCCGCCGCGAAGGCGCGGAAGCAAACGCCAAAGCCCUCCAAGAAGAGUACGGUGUGAAAGCCAAAGCCUACAAAUGCGACACGUCGAAGUGGGAUGAAGUGCAAGAGCUCGUCAAAAACGUCAUCGCCGACUUCGGCAAAAUCGACUCCUUCAUUGCGAACGCCGGCCGCACCGCCGACGCAGGCGUUCUCGACGGCUCCGUCGAGGAUUGGCAGAACAUCAUCCAGGCCGAUCUCAACUCAGUCUUUUACUGCGCCAAAGCUGUCGGCCACCAUUUCAAGGAACGUGGUCGUGGUAGCUUCGUUAUCACUGCUUCGAUGUCCGGUCAUAUUGCCAAUUAUCCCCAGGAGCAGACUUCUUACAAUACCGCUAAGGCAGGCUGCAUUCACAUGGCUCGCUCGUUGGCUAAUGAGUGGAGGGAUUUUGCUCGCGUCAACAGCAUCUCGCCUGGAUACAUUGAUACUGGCUUGUCGGACUUUGUUAGCCCUGAGGUGCAGCAGCUUUGGAACAACAUGAUUCCUAUGGGUCGCACUGCUGAUCCUAAGGAGUUGAAGGCGGCUUAUGUUUAUUUCGUUAGCGAUGCUAGCACAUACACGACUGGUUCGGAUCUGCGGAUCGAUGGUGGCUACGUUUGCCGCUGA